AGCGGGCAACGGCAACGGGCAAGCCUUGUCGAUUUGCUAAAGCGUUGCUUUGCUUGUCUGCCUUGAUUUUAUUAAAAACGGCGUGGGUUUAGCUUUAUAGGGCAUUUUAAUCAUAUAUCACAUUUGAAUCACUUUAAAUAUGCGUAAACGUAAAUCUCUAAAGAAAGACGAAGAUUCUGAGGGCUCAGAGCCCGCAGCGGAGCCUGAAGAAUUUCAAGACUCUGGAGAAGAUUGGACGCCGGAUGCCGAUUCAAAUGAACAACCAGGCGGGCGUCCUGGCCGCAAGCGGUCAUCUAAAGGACCAUCACUGAACAAUUCGAAAAAGAAACGCAAGGACGAUUCCUCAGAAGAAAGUGAAGGUGAGGGUGAAGAGGACGAAGAAGGAGAAGGAGAGGAGGAUGAGGGAGAACUGGACGAGGAGGAGGGCUCUGAGGACGAGAAGAAUGGAUCUGAUGGAAAUAAGUCCGAUUCCAGCCAAUCUAAGGAUGUACCAAAGCACUUCCAUUCUGGAAACUUUGUACUGUUGAAAUCUGAUGUCAAAUGGGACGGAGAUACAGUAACAUCAAAAUUGGAUGAGUUGAAUUUGUGGAAAAUUGAUGGAAAAGCACUUCUACAGAAAUUUAUCCCUAUGGAGUCCAGUGGGAAGAUUUUACACAAAUGUACUUGUGUAUAUUCAGGAUGGAAUGUGGACAACCGUGACAAUUACUACCCUAUUACCGAAAUAUUGGACAGGAACCCACGCACUGAUUCUAAGGAGAUAUGUGUAGCUUUAGAUCUAAAUGAUCUUAUCAAGGUUCGAGACAAGUAGAUUCCUGGUGUUUUUUUUUACUUAAUUCAACUAACUAGAUAAGAGGAAAUAAAUUAAUAAGAGAUAAGAAUUCUUUGGCACUUCAUUCCAGUUUACUUUUGUGUAAUUCAAACAUUUUAUAACAAAUGGGGAUUAAAAUGAAUGUUCAAUAAAGUAAAUCUUAAAAUUG